UUUAAUCAAGGGGCUUCAUGUUUCUUAUUGUAUUUAUUUGGUUAACAUAGUAUGGCAUAUGCAAUACACAAAUGUGGAUGAUGUUGUUGUGAGUGCAUAUCAACUUGGUCAUUUGUAUUCCUUUAUUGUUAUUUAGGUUCUUAAACUUCUGCAAUUUGAAGGUUAUAAACUUGUAAAGAACUCAAAGGACAUAUUUAUGAGUUUCAGGGAUUUGCAUAUGGAGAUGAAGGAAGAUAAAGAUGCAAGGUGGUUCGAACUCGAAUGUGUACCUGAGGAUUACAUACCAUUAAAGGAAAAUAGACCCCAAAAUCUUGAUAGUCCUGUUUGUGAUUCCAUUCCUGUCAUAGAUCUUGCGAAACCAAAUGGACUCGUUGAAGAAAUCUUGAAGGGUUCUCAAGAAUUCGGUUUCUUUCAGGUGAUAAAUCAUGGAAUCCCAGAAAAGAUAUUGAUUGAUGCAAUGAAUGUUCUUAAGGAAUUCUUUGACAUGCAAGGCAAAAACGCACCAACUGGAACUAUCCCAGAUAAAAAAGGUUAUAUUUACACACGUAGCGAUUUCGCAGAUGAUGGCACAAAUUUAUGGAGGGAAAAUCUUAAACAUCCUUGUCAUCCAUUGGAGAGAUGCAUUCAUCUAUGGCCAGAUACACCGACUCGAUAUCAGGAGGUGAUCGCAACAUAUUUAGUAGAAAUACAAAAAUUGAGUUCAAGGAUUUUAGAGAUGAUUGAUGAAGGAUUAGGACUCGAACAAGGGCACUUUAAAAAUACAAGUGAAGUUCAGUUAUUGUCAUCUAAUUUCUACCCGCCUUGUGCGGACCCGAGUCUAACUUUGGGAUUAUCACCACACUUUGAUACUAGUCUUAUCAGCCUUGUUUAUCAAGGAGGUUCACCUGGUCUUCAGUUUAUUAAGGAUGGUCAAUGGAUCAAUGUUGGAGCCAUUCCUAAUGCCUUUGUUGUUAACAUAGGUAACCAACUUGAGAUAAUUAGCAACAAGAAGUUGAAAAGUGUUCAACAUCGGGUCGUGACUAGUACACAUGCGACAAGAUUAAGCAUUGCAACCUUUGUGAACCCGUCUCUCGAUUGCAUCAUUGAACCAGCAAAAGUCUUGGUGAAUGAACUGGAACCAUCGCUUUACCCAACUAGUCAAUAUAAAGAUUAUGUUCAACGCACCAACGCGUUUGGUGCCUACACUGCUGCCAUCCUGAAUGCUAUGCGUUAAGAGAGUUGAAUAACAAUUGUUUACAGUUAAUAGUAUAGAUGUACAAGUACAAGUAAUAUUAUCGUUUAAUUAUAAAACUUUGAUAAUAUAAUAUUAUAUAAAUAUUGUUGACGAAA